CAAUCACGACUAGUUUCAUCCACCAACCAAAGCAACCAGCUCAAAAAUGAGGAUUGCAAUUGUAGGUUGUGCUCAUGGCGAGCUUGAUCGAAUCUAUAAAAAAUGCAGAGAUUCCGGUAAGAAAGUUGAUUUGAUUUUAUGCUGUGGUGAUUUUCAAUCAGUCAGGAAUAAACAAGAUCUUGGAUGCAUGGCUGUGCCGGAUAAGUUUAAAAGCAAGGGGUCAUUCUACAAGUAUUAUUCAGGAGAAGCAGUAGCCCCAGUUUUAACUAUUUUCAUCGGUGGCAAUCAUGAAGCCUCCAACUACCUUCAAGAACUAGCAUAUGGUGGUUGGGUCGCUCCUAAUAUAUAUUACUUGGGUUACGCUUCAGUUAUCAAUAUUGCUGGUGUACGGAUUGGAGGUAUAUCCGGAAUUUACAACAAACAAGAUGCAUGCAGAAAUCAAAGCUACAUGAAAGGACAUUACGAGUAUCCUCCUUACAAUCACAGUACAAUGAGAAGUUCAUAUUAUACCAGAAGGCUAGAAGUCUUUAGAUUGAAGCAGCUUUCAGGGAAACUAGACAUAUUUCUCUCUCAUGACUGGCCUUCAGAAAUAACCAAUCAUGGUGAUCUGAAUAAACUAUUGAGGAUGAAGCCAUUUUUCAAAGAAGAUAUAUCAAGAAAACAGCUUGGAAGCCCACUGUUGGAUGAAGUAAUGAAAAAACUUCAUCCAUCAAAAUGGUUCGCUGCUCAUUUGCACUGUAAAUUUGAGGCAACUAUUUGUAAUGAAGAUAAAACUAAAACAACACAAUUUAUGUCAUUGGAUAAAUGUGGAGAUUACUGUGAAGGCAAUAGAAGAAGUUACAGACCUCGUCAAGUAAAAGAAAGAGAUUAUUUUGAAUUCAUAGACAUAGAGCAUGAUCAAAGUUUACCUCUUACAAUUUCCUAUGAUAUCGAGUGGCUCACUAUAUUAUUCUUGACGAAUAAUUUAUUAAGUGUUAGAGAUGCCUGGUGUUAUUUGCCUGAAUCACAAAAUUUUACACCAACUAAAGAACAAAAGGAAACGAUUCUUGAAAAAUUUAAUAAUGACUUGAGCGUGCCACAAAACUUUCAACAAACUGUAAGGCCAUUCCAGCACACUGAGUAUCCUACAGGAUUUGCUCAGCCACCUAUUUUGGUCAUCAACCGUCAAACUACUGUUUUAUGUGAAAAACUUGGAAUCGAUGAUCCUUUUGAUCUCAUAAAAAGAUCACAAACCAAUCUUGCGCAUUUGAAUCGUUUUUCAUCUGAUCAAACCAGAGGCAACAGUUCUACUGGUUCGAUUGUAGAUAUUUCAACUGCAUACUUACAUACUUCAUUAGUUUUACCAUCACCUCAAAACCAAACAAAAAAUUCCACAAAGGAGCAUGUAAAUUCAAACAAAAGCGAUGUAAAACAUGCUAAUUUAUCUGAUGGAAACCAAAAUACCAUUAAUUUAGGUUUUUUCAUAGAUACUACUCCAAGUUCUUCUAGAUGUACAGAAAAAAGAGCGAGAGAAAUUUUGCCAGAGCAAAAAGAAAAUUGUACAGAUCGCAGUGAUCUACCAACUAAAAAAUUCAAAAGAAGAAAUGAAGCAUCAUACAAAAGUGAUAAUUCUAGCGUAAGCUUAUAAAUCAUUUUAUCAAAUUCAAACAGUUUAUUGUACUUUGAUGAUGUUGUAUGAUCUGAGUAAUUU